AUGGAGAGCCUUCCAGCAGAGAUUUGGAUGACCAUUUUCUCGUAUGCGUGCACCGACGACGGCUCGACGGGGAGGUCAAUCUCUCUGGUGUCACGGUGGUUUUGGGACACCUCACGGUCGAUAAAACAUCAGUCGCUUGUGGUGAAAGGUGUUAGCCAGAUCACUGGCAUUGCGAGCAUGCUGGAGAGACUACCUCCGGAGCUAAGGCGGGUGCGGUACCUCUCCGUGAGGGUCCACCACCGGGACAUUAAUAAGCGUUCGGUCUCCGUCGAGGAUGGGGUCAUCCUUCGCGGUGACCGAGACGCAAGAGAGCCCGAGUGCGGAGUGUCGGCGCGCACCCAGAGUGGCAUCUACGACAGAUCGAUGGUGGUUCUAUCCCACAUGCUGCAAAUGAUCGCACCGCAGUUACGCGUCCUCCACCUCUGGCUACCCAUUUCGUCGCCUUCUCGCCUUCUUCCGUCCACGCUUCCUUCGAUAGUCGAGCUUCGCCUCACGUCCAAUGAUAUGCGUGGGCAACACCUGGACACACGAAGCAUCUGCACUGCCCCGCAGCGCUAUCCAUCUCUGAGGCGUUUGCGCCUCGGGAUGCUGCAUCAUCAGCACGGGCUCUUCGGUCGCAUCGCAAAACUCGCUCCCGGGAUUACACACCUACAUUUCUGCAUCCCGGAACAUACACAUCUGUACCGAGAGCUGGAAAGGGCGCUUGGGGUUGGUGAUACCAGCAUGGACGUCGAAAAGGAGAAUUUGCUUCCCGAGACGAUCCAAAGGGUUUCCGUGCAAAUGGGACCUACUCCGAACGCAGGCAAAUAUCCUGCAUGGGCAUCGAUGCACAAGACGAUGCGCUUGAACCUUGAAAGAGUCGCCAGAGAGGACAAGCGUGUGGUCUUGGUAAGGCUGAGAUCCGAGGGAACCAGCCUUUCCUCCUACCCCGAAAUCUGA